AUGAAUCAACCAAGACACGAUUGGCAACCUUCAAAUGAAGUUGUUCUCAACUCCAUGAGCACGAUCUUUAGCAUUGCCAUAUCAAAGACAGUCACUAAAGCAAUCAAAGACAAUGUUCCCAGAGACAAACGACAUCAAAUAUCAAAACAACUAUCAAGCUCUUGGAGUCAAGAGCUGAAUCCAGAAUCAUUUAGAUCGCGACUAUUAGUCACAAGCUUGCCUUCACCACCAAAGAUCACCUCUGGAAACGACCCACUACUGAAUGAAGCCGCACUCGUGAGCAACAACGCAUUGAAUGGUCAAGAGUUGCUAGCGAAACAAAGAGUACUUGACGCGUAUCACGCAGAGGAAUUACGACAACUUGACCAUUUAAAAAAUUAUCUACUGGACUUGGAACUGGAUUUAGCUAGGGAUCAAGCGAAAUUGGAACAAUACUCAAAGUCGAAUCAGGAUGUGUUGUCUUCUUGGAGCGCCGAGGAAAAUACAAUGAAGCAAGAUUUACAAUUGGAUCAAUUUGUGGAGGCUGGUGAAGAUGAGGGAAUCCUGCUUGCAGAGGACGAGCUCAUUAGUCACUUUGACCCCAAUACAGAUGCUGAUAUCGGGGGACGACUUGAGCAACUACAACUGCAUUUGAGGGACAUACUUGACAAGAGUGCCUCCUUGAGAUCAUUUAAUGAUCAGGUCGAAUCUGUUUAUAAUGUACUUGAUUGA